UUGAUUUGUUUCCCUCAAAAAUAGUUUGUUUUCAAGAUUUUACCUUUUAUUACGCUAUGGUGAACUGAAAAAAGUGUUCCAAAAUGCGGCGCAGUCUGGCGCCGAGCCAACUCGGCUCCGGGGACAGUGUUUUCAAAAGCCCUCUACUAAAUUCGUCCACACGCAAGAAGCGAGAAUGCACAAAGAAGGUCGCACCUCGAACCCUCACUCAAUCCAUGUCUACAUCGGACCACGAGAACUUAAUCAAGGAGAUAUUGAGCAAGCCGUUCAAAGUGCCCAUUCCGAACUACGUUUCGUCGUAUUGCAGCAAAAGUUUGGGGUUAAAACGGACACAAGUCAGACGAGCUUUACACGACCCUGAUGAGCCGAAUGCCUUGGUCCUGUAUCGCCCACCACAUAUACCUGAACAUGAAAAGAUGAAAAUGAACCCGAAAGACAUUAGAGUUGCUGUUGUGGUCGAUCCCGUGCUAGGAAAUAUACUAAGACCGCAUCAGAGAGAAGGAGUUAAAUUCAUGUAUGACUGCGUGACUGGUGAGCAGAUAGAAGACGCCUUUGGCUGUAUUAUGGCUGACGAAAUGGGUCUCGGGAAGACUCUGCAGUGCAUAACUUUACUAUGGACAUUAUUAAGACAGGGCCCGGAUUGUAAACCAACCAUUUGUAAGGCAAUCAUCGUGUGCCCGAGUAGUUUGGUGAAGAACUGGUACAAUGAGAUACAGAAAUGGCUUGCGUCAAGGAUUAAUGCUUUAGCUAUGGACGGAGGUUCUAAAGCAGACAUAACAUUGAAGUUACAGCAAUUUAUGAACACAUACUCUGCUACUAGGGUCGCUACGCCAGUGUUGAUAAUCUCCUAUGAGACAUUCAGGAUAUACUCAAAUAUACUGCACUCAUCCGAGGUCGGCUUGGUUCUCUGUGACGAAGGCCAUAGAUUAAAGAACAGUGAGAAUCAGACAUACCAAGCAUUGAUGGGUUUAAAAGCUAAGAGAAGAAUUUUGAUCUCAGGCACACCUAUCCAAAACGACUUGACCGAAUACUUCAGUUUAGUACACUUUGUCAAUGAAGGGAUUCUUGGAACAGCACAGGAGUUUAAGAAGAAAUACGAAAACGCAAUUUUAAGAGGCCAGGAUGCGUUAGCAACAGAGCUAGAGAGAGAAAAGGCGCAGGAAUGCCUUGCUACUCUAACUGGAAUAGUCAACAAAUGUAUGAUCCGAAGAACAAGCAGCCUGCUCACAAAAUACUUGCCGGUCAAGUUUGAACAGGUCAUUUGCGUGAAAAUGACGCCACUUCAGACUCAAAUCUACAAGAACUUCAUCAAUUCUGACGCAAUUCGGAAUAAAUUCUCCGGCAACGGAGAUAAGAAUACUCUUAGUGCCUUAUCGAGCAUCACCUCGCUGAAAAAGCUCUGCAAUCAUCCUGAUCUAAUUCAUGACAAGAUCCUAGAAAGAUCAGAAGGCUUUGAAAAGGCGAAAGACUUACUGCCAAGCAACUAUGACAGUAAAGAUGUGAAGCCCGAAUACUCAGGAAAACUCAUGAUUCUUGAUUGCAUCCUAGCUAAUCUGAAAACAAAUACAGAUGACAAGAUAGUCCUUGUUUCAAACUACACACAAACUUUAGAUCUGUUUGAAAAGCUUUGCCGUAAACGAUGCUACCAAUACGUAAGACUAGAUGGCUCUAUGACGAUCAAAAAACGAGCUAAAGUUGUAGAGAGCUUCAACAAUAAGGAAUCUAAGGAAUGGAUCUUCAUGUUAAGUUCGAAAGCGGGAGGAUGCGGAUUGAAUCUCAUCGGAGCAAACCGUUUGAUCAUGUUCGAUCCUGAUUGGAACCCGGCAAACGACGACCAAGCCAUGGCUCGGGUGUGGCGCGACGGACAGAAGAAACCUUGCUACAUCUACCGACUCCUAGCCACAGGGACAAUAGAAGAGAAGAUAUUCCAACGUCAAGCCCACAAAAAAGCCUUAAGCGACACGGUUGUAGAUCAAAAUGAGGAAUCUCUAAGGCAUUUCACUUCAGAAGACUUGAAAGACCUGUUUAGACUGGAAGAGAAUACUUUGUCUGACACGCACAGCAAGUUUAAAUGCCGAAGAUGUGUAAAUAACAUACAAGUUACGUUACCUCCGGAGAAUUCUGAUUGUACAUCAGACUUAUCCAACUGGUAUCACUGCGCCGACAAGAAGAACUUAGCAGAUCUCGUCCUCAAGCAAUGCUGGGAUCUUGCAAAGUGUAUUUCCUUCGUUUUCCAUCACCGCUCAGCUAAGACUGAAGCGCAGAAUGAGAUAGCGGAUAAGGAAAAUGUACAGGAAACGAAGAGAAGGAAGAUUGAGAUAGAUGAAGAUUAUUCGGAGCCUGAUGACAGUGCUGAUGAAGACUAUGCUUAGUUUAAAUCAUGUGUUAUUUUAUUCGUUUCCUCAGACACUU